UUGUGAUUGAGCAGUGUCUAAAUGCACGUAGAAUAAUGGCAGAGAGACUGAAAACAGUUUUUGGACACUUGGAUCCCACUGGCUCGAUAUCUUGUGUACCAACACUGUCAACUGGUGGGGUUGUGUCUGAUGUUAGUGGAAAAUUUCGCUACACUUUAGACAAUUCAAUUUUGUCAUAUGAGCAAAGGAAGUUCUAUGAAGACAAUGGAUAUCUAGUUAUCAGGAAUUUAGUCCCAAAAGAAGAACUUGAUAAAUACAGGGACCGAUUUGAAAAGAUAUGCAAAAAAGAGGUUGAAGUGCCUGCGCUAAUCAUUAUGAGAGAUGUGGCCAUAGCCCGGUCAGAGUUUGUUCCUGGACAACAGGCUAUUACCAAAAUCCAGAGCUUUGAAAAUGAUGAUGUUUUAUUUAGCUAUUGUGCUCUACCAGAGGUGAUCAAAUAUGUCCAGGCAUUUACAGGAAGGACUGUCAAGGCCAUGCACACCAUGUUGAUCAACAAACCACCAGAUCCAGGCAAGAAGAGUUCAAGACACCCUCUGCACCAAGACCUUCAUUACUUUCCCUUUCGGCCUGCUGACAGGGUUGUCUGCUCUUGGACAGCCAUGGAGAAAGUGAACCGGGAAAAUGGAUGUCUGGUUGUGUUACCUGGUACACACAAAGGGGAGCUACUCCAGCAUGACUACCCUGAAUGGGAGGGAGGUGUGAACAGGAUGUACCAUGGAGUUCGAGAUUUUGAUCCCAAUGCUCCAAGAGUCCAUCUUCCAAUGGAGGCAGGGGACACUGUCUUCUUCCACCCUCUGUUGAUCCAUGGAUCAGGGAUGAACAAGACAAAAGGUUUUAGGAAGUCCAUUUCAUGCCAUUAUGCCUCUGGAGAAAUUGAGUUCAUUGAUGUCAAAGGCUCCAUUCAAGGCGAUUUGGAGAAAGAAGUCAUUGAAACUUAUUCCAAAAAAUUGAUUGCACGUGGUAUUGACCCUAGUCAAGUGAGCAUGAAGGACCUAUGGAUGUACAAGGCCAGAGAUGUGUCUUUACCAGAGGACAAUUAAUUCUGGAGGAUUUAUUUGAUAAUUCAUUGAAUAUAAAGAAGAUUUAAAGACAUCCUCAUCAUGCAGGUAGUGCUCUCAUUAAAGUAAGCACUAAACAGAAAAGAAAUCAAAAGUAAAAUAUAAAAUAAGUUAAUCUGGAAAAUGAUAGUGAUUCAAUUCAUAUUUUUGUUAUUCAUCAACUAAUAUGUGCAUGUCUCUGAUGUAAUUGCCUUGAUGAUAAUCAGAACGUUUUGUGAUAAUUCACAGUUGUUGUUGACUUUAAUGUUUUCUUACUUUAUCAAUUUAAACUUUAACAAAUGUAGGUCAAGGAUAAUUUGCCAUAAUGAAUUUUAACAUCAGUGCACAUAUAUGUAAUUGUCCCUAUCACAGUUUUAUUGAUCAUAGAUAAGCUAGGCAUGAUGAUUUAACUCUGUGCCAAAAUAAGUAUUUCACAUAUGAUAAUAUGAAAGUCAAUUUUACCACUUAACAGCAUUGAUUUGAAAUAUAUAUUUUUGUGAUUAUGAACUUCAUUUUAUUUUUUUUAUUUUUAAAUGGGUUAAAUUUUACAAUUUCGGUAAUAUUAUUUAUGUCAUCAAACAUUUUAUGUGAAUAUGGAGAAAUUGAAUACUGUGUAUAUUUUAUAUGUGAUUCUUAUGUUUACAGAUGUAUUCUACUAUUUAAUAAACCUUUCUGGUAUACAUGUAGUAGAACACAUUGAUGAGAUGUAAAUUUUGUUUUUAUGAUAGUCGAUCAUCAAAAUAAUUCAAUGUAAAUUAAUCAAUAUAUGAAUUGAUUAUUGAUUUAUGAUGUCAGUAUUGAUUUGGAUAGUAUUAACUCAGGUAAAAAUAUACAUGUAAGGUGUAACUGAGCUGGUCAUUUAUCAUGUUUAUUGGUUUAAUUUUUUCACAUUGUACCGUUGUUGAUUUUCUAUGGCUGAUAUUGUUAAUAAAAGUUGUUUCCAUUUUAA